AGAGAUGCGCACGGGCAGGCUGAGCCUUGGCACCGGGCUCAGUUCCUCAAUGCCACCGCUGCCGGCUGCGUGCCUCCUCGGGGUGUCUGUCCAUGGCUCCGGCCGUGGCACUGACCCUCCUCUUGGCCGCGGCCCUCUCCAUGGCCCAGCCCUGCCUCAAGACAGCCGCCCCUCCCAAGGUGGUGGUCGCCCACCCGGACGGCAACGCCACCCUUCCUUGCCUGGACGAUGGGCAGCUGGACAAUGCCACCGAGGCCUACUGGACCUUUGAGGGCCGGAACGGGACGUCCACUCUGGCUGGGUCGGCCACUCCAGGCCGUGUCCUCUUCCUCCCCCGGGUGCACCUGAACCAUUCUGGCUCCUACACCUGCCAUGUGGGCGGGCGCCCCUCUCGCACCUGGCGCCUGGUGGUCGAAGAGCCCCCCGAGGCCCCCGACUUCUCCUGCCGCCAGAGGAGCCUCAACAACGAAAUCAUCUGCGAGUGGCGGGCUGCGCGCUCUACGUCUCUCCGCACCAAGGCCAAGCUGUGGGUCCAGAAAGGCUUCUUCAGCCAAGAGCGCGUCCCGCACCCGUGCCGCUAUUACGCCAAGUCGCAGAAGUUCUCCUGCCGGACGCAAGGCCUGAAGGAGAAGGAGGACCUCAAGCUCCGCCUCUCCGUCUGCCUGGCCACCCUGGCCGGAGCCGCCACCCGGCACAAGUUCUUCAACACCGAAACCCUGCUGAAGCCGGACCCUCCGGACAAUGUGACGGUCAGUGCGGUGGAGGGCUGUCCUCGUCAGCUGAGGGUCACCUGGUCCUACCCGCGCUCCUGGGGACCCACCUUCUACCGCCUCAGCUUCCAGCUGCGCUACCGGCCCCAGGGCGCCCACAACUACUCCCAGGUGUGCCUUCCCCACGCCUCCUCGUACGUCAUUUCGGACGCCCUGAAGGGCCGCGCGCACACCGUCCAGCUGCGCUGCCGAGAACAGUUCAACCACGGAGCGUGGAGCGAAUGGAGCCACGAAGACGUCGCCACACCUUGGACAGAACCCAAAGACCUGGAACUGGAAACCAUGACAAAUGCUUCAAAGGCUCCAAGUGGGGACCCACUGGUCAGCUUGGUCAGCCUGGAAACGCCGCGGGAAGUGGGGGACCCCAAUGUCAAGCGAUCCACGGCGCCGCUCCCUGGCUGGACGCUGCUGGCGGUCAUUGCGGCCGUGGUCCUUCUGGUCUUGGUGGUCCUGUUCCUGGUGGCCUUCCGGUGGAGGAAGCGUCCGUCCGGCGAGAGGAACGCUUUGGCCCCUUUCGCCGCGGCCGGAGCCCCCGAGUGCCCCCUGAGCGCCUCCCCGUUGCUCCCUCCGUCCCCCCAGCCCCAAUUCUGCGAAAGUCCGGCCGACGGCCCUCCCGGACCGGGGCAAGGGGGUCCCUUCGACGUGGCCAAUGCCCACUACUUCCUCCUGGCCAAGUAAGGCCAAGGCUCGGACCGCUCAGAACUGGACACGGGUCUGCAAAGAUGCCGUUCUGUCCGGAACCGGACACGGGUCUGCACAGAUGCC